GUGAGAGCGGGCAACGUUGUAAUACAUGACGUGUCAUGUCAUAAUUGUCAUUCUAUAAAUCUGAAAUGUCAUGUCACGUCAUCCAUGUUUUUGUAAUACGAGAAGAAAGAAAGGCGGAUAUGUGAGGGAAGAAACUGCGUUUUGUAUCUAAAACAAUCAUUUGGAUAUGAUAACAGAGACUGAUAACAGAUACCGGGAUUAUUUCUUCCACAGUGAUGCUGACAAAAAGAAGUAGGAAAAAUGUAUUUGAGUGCAGUGUGCAUAUUCCUUCUGGUUGCCAUACCUGGGUACGGGAACCGUGUUGAUAAACUGCGGAGCAUUUCCAAAUAUCCGGAUGCCAAUUGUACAGAUUUGAGGCAGAAGUUUGCCAAUGCUUCAGCAAGAUUCACCGUGUGCUCAAUAGACCAUUCCAGACCAAUAACUUUUUGUGAAAGUUGUGUACAAUCAUAUCUAGAUGUAGUGGAAAGUUACCAAAAUAUGUCAAAGUUUGGUCAUAACAACACAAGAUGUAUAGAUAAUUUUGUAAAUAGAGAUAGACUACAAAUAGUGCAAAGUAUAUAUGAUGCCAAUAUAGAUCUUUGGAAAAGAGCUAAAUGCAAUGAAUGCUAUGAAGAUGAAAGUGAGUCAGUUGUAUCUACAUCAAAUACAACAACCCAGUUUAUAGUAUACUACAACCAUUUUAUGAAUUGUAUUAACAAAUCAAAAAUUGAAGAACUUUGUUUACAAUGUAUGGGUGACUAUAUAACACUAGACAGUUAUUAUGCCAAAAUCAGCAAUAUAAAUGAUAAUAUUGGGAUGUGCAUGGAUAUUGUAGAUUUGAUGAAUAACACCUGGACAUAUUGGAGUACCCAGUGCUGUAAGUACAGAAGGCACAACGAGGUAAUUUUCAUAGCUACCUCAAUAGCUGUAUUGAUUCUAACCAGCGUGUUUUACUUGAUCGUCCAGUUUUGUGAGGAGAAGAAAGCACCAACAAUUAUGCAACAGUCGAGAUUUGCGGAAUCUUUUAGUAGUAGCUCUCGGCGGUAGUUAAUAUUAUCAUAGCAUUAUCACAUAUUUUUAAUCAAAUAUAAAAUAUUGUUUAAGUUUAAUCAUAUAGUUUAUGUGAAUACAAAACAGAAGUCUUACAUAAUCUUCAUUUGACAUAAGCAGAUAUAAAGAUGUGUUAAUGCUGGUGAAUCAUGGUAUUAUGUUAACCAAAGAAUAAUAUUUAUAAAUAUGAAUUUAAAAGCAAUAUAUUUGAAAGUAUAAACUAACUUUUAUUGUUUCACAAAUAUUGUAUUUUAAAAAACAACUAUUGAGAAGUAACUUAGCAUUGAUGCUGAGUGAACAGAAUAUAAAAUUGGUGAAGUAUAACUUUGUGUCUAGAUUUUGAUUUUGUAAUAAAACCUUAAAAAUCAACAUCCCCAGGGCUUUGAUAGUAAGUAUAUGUAUAUUGCGUUUAGUUAUUGGGGUUAUAUGUUCCAUCAUAAUUCUUGUUUAGCUCAUCUAAAAUAUAGCAUUUUAUAGUGAUUCAUAACAUUGAUAGAAGGAUGGAUAGAUAGAAGGCACUCAAUAUAAAAAUGUGUUUGAAACUGUGUGUCCUCAAAGGGCUGGUAGCAUCUGCAUUGAACAUGGGAUGAAAUUCCUAUUCAUUGAUUGACAUAGCUGAGUUACAUUGUGAUAUAAAAUAAAGAAAAACUAUGUGGUGUAUUUAGGCAAAAAUGGGUUAUAUGGUGUUAAGAGUUUCUACCUAAAUUGGCUCAAAUAUGAUUUGUAUUUGUGUUUUUGGAAGGCUACUGACCAUAGUACCGUUUCUGUUUUGUGUUUCUCCUGCAGCUUAUGAUCCCAUGUCUUCUUUUUUAUUUCUGAUCCUACCCUCCUUCUACCCAUUUGGUGUUUUAGAGUGUCCAAUUUGGCAUUCAAUCCUCGCAUAUCUUCCAUACUUGCAUUCCUUGCUUUUGUGCGAUGUUUAGAAUAUGCAUUUUUUGAUCCAUACAUGAAACAUAAUGGAUUUUUUCGUACUGUGAUCGAAAAUGCAACCAAAUUGACGCUAUUUGUGUGUAAGAGCCUGUCAAGAUUGUCAGUACUGCAGUCAAACCACGUGUUUACCAUAAAACGUUUAAGUCCUCAAGCCAAUACAGUGUUUUGGUUUCAGGCUCUUCCAACUACAGGUCGUGCCAGGGACCUGAUUUCGGAACUUAUAUACCCUUAAGACCAUUGUCACAUUACUAUCCCAAAAGGACUUAGGCCCCCUGUAAGAAGACUUUCAUUCUUUUUGUAAGUAGUCUUCAAAUCAUUUUGUUAUUAACGAAUGUUUGUUGUAGCCUUUCUUAAACACAAAGUAUUUUUUUGCAACUACCAAUUGGUACUUCCUUGUUUGUUAUUUCGUUUUUAAAUAUUCAGCAUCGCAAUGCCUGUCAUGUUUAAGUAGAAACUUUAUUUGUAUGUAUAUAUGUGAAUACAAUAUGGUUGCAUUCAAUGAAUUCGAAUAGAUUAGGAGGAGCCAAGCCUGAAUUUUUUCAUUACAUUGUCGCCAAAACUAAUUUGACUAUCAUUGCCUACCAAAGUGACAAACCAAUACAUCGUCGUACAUUCUUUUUUUCUGGAAAGGAUAUUCAAGUAGCUAUUUGUACUAGGUGUACUGACAAAGAACCAAGGCAGAAAUUCCCGAUAAGUUUCAUAUUUUUUUGGUCACCAGUUAGCGACACUGGCACUACAGAUUUUGAUGAUGUACUAUAUCACUAUCAAGCUAGUUUCCAAAGUACCGAUGUACUGCUCCCGCGUGCUUGUCACGAGCAAUGCUGUUUCUGGUCCACCCUGUAUAUAAUAAUAAUCGCCUUUCUUGAAACUGUAAAAUUCCAUACAUAGAAAAAGGGUUGCAAAUGGUGGCGAAGCUUGGCAACACGCUACUCUAACACUUAACCACCCAUUCAAAAAAACAAAAGUUGUUAGGUAGCAGAUAUAAAAAAAAUUAAUAUAUAAUAAUAAUAUACGUCUUUAUUUAUCCACAAUUACAUAUUACAUUGUAGUAUAGCCUUACAUGUUCAUAAAGAAAAAAAAUAAAUUCUUCAAACUAUGGACCCAAGCAGAUUUGGGAUUCAACAGCUUUCUUGAUGCAAUAUGAUGACAUGUUUGAAAUCGAUUAUUACACUAAGAAUUUUAACUCCAUCAACAGGGUACAGUCUUUGAUAUUCAAUUUUAAGACCUAGUUGACUUUUAAUUUCUGCUCUUUUAUGAUCUGAACAAAAAAUAACAUGGAACUGUGUUUAUAACACUUGUCGAUAAAAAUAUUCGCGCUUAUCCAGUUUAAACUGCAUUUUGCAAUCCACAGAAAACUCUAACCAUUGUUAGCAACUGUAUAGAACACUAGGGCUGUAUUGAACCCACGCACUUUUAUAUGUUUCCACAGAAAAUUUAAUGUAAAAUGUCAACAACUGUCAAACUGGUGGCUUAUCGACUUGUAAUAUUAUGAACAUACACCUGAUUACUGACUACAUCACAGUCGUUGACUUGCUCCUAAAUAGUACGAAUUCGUUGGUUGCAAUGAACAUGGAUAUCGGACGACUUCCUCUUUGUUGUAUAUUGUAUCACAGAAUUCUUUGUGGCGUUUGUAAUUUUGUAUUUUCCCAUUAGGUUGCGGAAAAAAUGAAACUAUGGAAAUGCGACCGCAGACAACAAACUCCGAGGCUGAUCCUAAAGCAUAGUACAACGUACAAAUUUAUUUAGUUUGUGCUUUUUACAAACGAUCUUGGUUAAUUUUACAGCAGACUAAGCAAAUAACCAACAUAUUUUGUGAGUAAAAGGACGUAUGGGUCUAAGGAUCUUCAUUCUUGAUAUAAACAAUUUUAUGGAUUUCGGAAUUUUGCCUAUUGAAAAGUGGUAAAAAAGAGAUAGUAUGUAGAGCAGGUAAAAUAGUAGUAGUUUAUUCUGAUACUUUUCAUUUACAUGAGAAAUAAGCAAAAUACGAAGCAUUUGAAAAUGUUUCUGUUCAAAUAGACUUCAUCCAGGGAUAGUUUAAAAAGCUAUUUGACAGUUUAGACAGGUUCUUCUAACAAGCUCUAGGGUAAAACUUCGUAAUAUGUCAAAUGUGAGGCGUUUUUAAAACAAUUUUAUGCAACAUACAUGAUCAUAUCGUAGACAUUUUUGAAAAAGUAACAAUUACGAUAUUGUCUGAAACCUGAUAUAAUGAUACAAUUAAAGGAUUGUAAGGCAAAUAAUGUCAAUCUAUUCUUGAUAGAGUUCAUAAUGCCGAAUGCUGAGAUAAAAUUUGCAACAAGCCAUGACAAGUCCAUUUUAUUUGACUAGUUUUCGAAUAAUAUUUUUCUUUAAAAUGUAAGAUGAGGACUUAAAAAACAUAAGUAUAGUAUCUUUUGAUGUUUAGUCUGCUGCGAAGUUUUGAUGAAUGGCCGAUUCAAAUAAAAACUAAAGAUCUUGAUGUUAUCAUCUGUCUCUGUGAGACAUAUUGCGUUGAUUGUAUUAAAAGAUUGUUGUAAUUAUAUUGUAAAUAUGUAAGAAAUGCUGUGAAUAGUAUGAUGCUGAAUUGUACCGCAGGAUAUUUGCAAAUAAAAGAUUGCCUAUCCACAAAAAAAAA